AUGGCAGAGCGACAGCUUACUCAGGCAGCUAUUGUGGCACUGUUGUCGAAGCUCGACGACCCCGACGCCGACUUGAGAUACAUGUCGCUGAACGAUCUCUAUGGAAUCUUGGACAAUCAAAAUUCCGCUUUCCUCGCCCAUGAUCGUGGCACAUCAACAAAGCUCGCGGAUGGGCUGCUCAAGGCUUUGGAUGAUCAACAUGGUGAUGUGCAGAACAUGGCACUAAAAUGCCUUGGCCCACUCGCCGUGCGGUUGCCAUCCGAAUCCCUCACCCCCCUUCUCGAGCAGCUGGCUAGCUUGACUGCUUCCCAGACAAUAGACACCUCUGUGCCUAAUACGGCCCUUCGCGUCAUCGUUGACACCCUCCCCCAUCCCCAGGCAGGCCAGCCGGCUCCCCAAAACGUGAUCACAGCAUACUCGGCGGUCUCGAAUGUUCUCAUUCCCCGCCUGACUGGCCCGACACCUUCCCCCUCGGGGAGACGAGGCUCAUUAGUCAAGGGCAUGAUGGAAAAAGACCCUUCUCGCGGCUUCAGCAGCGAUGCCAUUGAUGUGCUUAUCAAGGUCGUGACCUGCUUCGGGCCCCUUAUUCAGGAAAGGGAGCUUGAUGCGCUUCAAAUCUCAGUGAUGGGCAUUAUCCGAAAUGACACGGCUGGUACUGUGGUGACGAAGCGCGCAUUGACGGCUAUUUCGGCGCUCGUGCUUCACUUCUCCGAAAGCCAGCUCAACAACUUCGUGGCCACCUUGACCAAAACUCUCUCUUCCAACAUCUCUCUCGUCCAGCGUCGACACUUGAUUGCUGCCAUCGGCGUUAUCGCACGAACGGCUCCCGGAAAGUUCGGUCCCCAUCUGGAUAGCCUUGUGCCUUUUGUUUUCUCCGCGGUCGGGGAGGAGGAUAUCGCGUCGACCAACUGA